AGUCUGCUGCUGGCUGGAGAUCUGCCAUUAACUCGACUAGCUGUUAGCACAAGCUGAGACACGGACACGGCCAGAACUCGCUGGGAAAGGGAGCUAACAUCUCGUUUCCAUGGACAACACGUCCAUAAUAACGCAGGUUACGAACCCCAAGGAGGAGGAGAUACUCUCGUCAAAUGCUGAGAAAGUUUCGCUGUCUAACAGCAGUCUGAAGAAGAAGAGGACUCGCAACAUCUUCAGCUCAUUGUUCUGCUGUCUGAGAAGUUACGAUGCCGAGCCCCCUGCCACCCCCAACAACAACAGCAGCCCUCUGCCUCCACCUGUGGAGGAGAACGGAGCUCCACCAAAGUGUGACCAGGUUGAGGUCAUCCCUAUCCCCAGUCCUCCAGAGAAGUACCUCCUCCCUGAGGUUAACAUAAAUGACUAUGGGAAGAAGUGUGUGGUAAUAGACUUGGAUGAGACUCUGGUGCACAGCUCGUUUAAGCCCAUUAGCAACGCUGAUUUCAUCGUCCCAGUGGAGAUCGACGGCACAGUGCAUCAGGUGUAUGUGCUCAAAAGACCUCACGUUGAUGAGUUCCUGCAGAAAAUGGGCGAGCUGUUUGAAUGUGUGCUUUUCACUGCCAGUCUAGCCAAGUAUGCUGACCCGGUGGCUGACCUGCUGGACCAGUGGGGUGUGUUUCAGGCGAGACUCUUCCGGGAAUCCUGCGUUUUCCACAGGGGGAACUAUGUUAAAGACCUUAGUCGGCUCGGGAGAGAGCUCAGGAACGUCAUCAUUGUGGACAACUCCCCUGCUUCCUACAUUUUCCAUCCUGAAAAUGCUGUUCCCGUACAGUCGUGGUUUGAUGACAUGAAUGACACCGAGCUCCUGGACCUGCUGCCUUUCUUUGACGGACUGAGCAAAGAGGAAGACGUGUACGGGGUGCUGCAGAACCUGAGGGGCAGGUAGCAGGCCGAGGGGCCAGUGUGAGUCCCCCACGCCCCGCUCCGCUCCCAGCACCUCUCUCCUCUCUCCUUCAGCCUGCAGUCCUCACCUCACCCAUACCACCAGGACACGCACACCGGGACAUAAACAGACUGAACAUUUAAUGGACACUCAGAUAUUUCUCUUUUGAAAAGUGCUUAUGAUAAACCAAAAAUUCUACUUUUUUCCCCCCCUUUUUUGAAAUGAAAUAUCCAAGUCAUAACCAUUCUCGGAGGUGUUGCUAUGCAGGUAGAAAUCAGUAGGGUUAAAGGACUGUGGGGUUUCCUCUCUGACCCAACAAAGUGCCUUUUUUGAAUGUCAUUUUUAUGGGGGAAAUGAACAUUUUGUACACGAGAACCUAAUCUUUACAAGAAUUAUAUGCUUUAAAACGGAGGCAGGUCAGACUCUUUUUAUAAAAGCACUGUUAAAGAGGCCAGAUAUUUUUAAUUGUGUAAAGCUGGGUACACGUCUCCAUCUUCUGUUCUUCUCGUGCUCCUUUUGUUUUCGAUUUUGCUUUAGCUUGUGCCAUUAUAUAGACCGAGACUAUUAUUUAGACUUGUAUACGUUUAGUUUGUUUUCUAAGAGCAAACAAAUGCAUUUGCACUUGUUAGGUUACUCGUCUCAUAUACCGCAGCCUCUUUUGCCAACUAACCCCUUAAAUCGUGCCAAUCGCUAAUAUUUGUCUCGCAAUCUGAUGCUGAAGUACGUUUCGUUUUCAGCGAACAGCCCCAACGCUAAUAUUGGUGCUGGAGUCAAAUGUUUGGACAUUUCAAAAACAGAGAAUUUUAGCCACUAGUCUUUUAUUUUGGAACUUUACGUUGAUCUGAAUGCCUUUGGUGAAGUAGCGUAGACACUGCAGUUGUUCCCCCGCUAAUCAAUUUUUAUGGGGAAGUGUCCUUUAUGGAAACCAGGAUGCACAAUUGCAAAUGUAUCCCUUUUAUCGUCUUUAAUUAUUUUCUGUUUGAGUCGUGAGUUCUUGAGAAUUGGUACAGGUCCAUCGUCUUUAUAUUUAAACCAUAUAUAAACCAUACCCUGCUGCUGCUACCACUGUAUACUACACUACAAAAGACCUCCCUGUAGGGUACCACCAGUACCAGCCCAGGGACUAGAGCGCUGUGCAGCUUGUGCCAGAGCAGAACGGAUGCAGUAGGGCCUUAAAGGGUUUGCUCUUGUCCUCUUGCAGAGCUAAACGAAGCUCUUUUGUCCCAGUGGGGGUUUGAAAGUGUUUGGCGCAAGCUGUGCAGACUCUCCAUCACCGCCUAAGUGCCUAAGACGAGAGGAGCAGCGGUGGGAUGUCCCGAUCCGCUGCUGAACAGGCAAUAAACUCUCUCUCUCUCUGCCCAGAGUCCGCCACAUCACAGUUUGGUCACCACAUGGUGUCUUCCUCCUUUUUUUUUCUUCAGUCUUUUAUCGUCUACCUCUCCGUCUCUCUUCAUCCUGUUCUGCGGCAGGCGACGGAGAGCAAUUCAUUCUCACGUUUGUGGUCUUCUGUCAGUAUUUGAGAUGUAUGCUUAUGUUAGCCCACGCUUGUUGAUGUGCUGUACAGCCUCUCUUCAGUCGUCGGCGUCGAUCUUCCAGACUGCCUGGAUAUUUGGCUUGCUAGUAUUUUUGAUUUCUAGCUUUUAUUUUGAAUUGUCAAACAAUACUUUUCACAUUUGCAUAUUUCACCUUUUUCUUUGAACACCAUAGAGUCCUGGUGAUCUGGCAGCGUUAAAACACUAUUGGUUUUGCUCAGUUGUUUGCUUCUGUUUUUCGCAACUAAACUGUCAGGUGCUGUUUUUAAAACACUUUGUUUUUGUGUUGUCACUUAAAUAUCUCAAGUUGGCACAUUCAAUUACAUUAUGCCUUAUGUUCUUUAUCGAAUUAUAAUUUUUUUUUAGUAAGCCAUACAGACACUUUAAAUGGUCCACAGAUUGACUCGGGGGUUUGAAAUCAGUUCGGAGAGGCUGUGCAGUGCUGAUUUUUGGAGUAUAUUUCAAGCUGAAUUGAUUCAUGGUUGUCGUAAGUUUUCUUCCAGACUCUGUUAUAUUAAAGCACCUUUUUAAAAAAAACAGCACAAUGACUUUUAUUGGACUUAUUUUAUAUUGCAUGUGCUUGAAGUUCAGUAUCUCAGGUGUUACUAUUUCUCCAAAGCACAUCAGCUCUUGCAAGGUGUUUUGGCAUAUCUUAAGUUGUUGGUUGAGAGAUUUUACACUAGCUUUAGUUUGUUUACAGAAUCAGCAGUCAGGUAAUUUGGUUUUAUGAUUAUAAACACAUGAUUUAAUUUAAAACCUGAAUUUUGAAUGUCUUGAGUAUGUGGUUCAUCCCUUAAGAGCUAUAUAAACGCUACAAGUUUGUGUAAAUCCUAAUGAUCCUGUUCUCCAGCAUGAGAUUAUUCAAAGAACAAACCAUCCAUACAAAGGAAUCACAUGAUCAACUUGUUGAUUUGAGACCAACAAAUAGUGCAGAAUCUUAAUAUCUCGCUUUAUCAUAGCAUGUUUUAAAAAGUUUCAGACUGUUGAGCAUAUGAAGUGAUACUCUUUCAAAUAUAUGCUAAUGUCAUCCAAUUCUCUGCUGCUAAAUAGGAAGUUUUGUGAUGUUACCAAAGUAAUGCAGUUUUUCUUCUGCUUUCACGUGGACUGGAUGUCUACACUAGUAGAGCUCACGCUUACGGUCUUGCAGAUGUGAAUCCAAGUGUCUAAACUGCCAAAUAUGGCAUUAUCCCACAAGCUCAUUAAACUUUCUUCAUGCCUCUUUUCUCUGGUUUAAGCCAUUACAGAAUAAAAAACUUAAAACCUACAGUUCUGAAUAACUUAGAUUUAUUUCACCUUUACAUGGAUGUAUACAGUUGGCAAUGUUUUUUUUUAUCAAAAUCACUGAUUUUAUGAGUAUCAUGGCAUUUUAAGUACCUCAUUUAAUAAUGACAUACAUCGGAUGUGGUAUGUAA